CAAAAGCUGGCAACUGCACUUUCUCAAAAGGCUUGACCAAACAAAUCAGAUUUAUCUCUAGUUUGGAAUUAUGUGCGGUGGCCCCGCCGGAGUUUGUGUUUGCUGUAAAUAGAGUAAUAGACCCCCAGGAAGUAGAAGCAGUGGAUUCUCCCAUUAAAACCACCCAUUUAUUACGUGGGAAAUCGUCACUCCUCCACGUGUCCAUCAAUUUCCCCACAUUACCCCCCGCCCCACUCUGCCCGCGCAGAGCAGAAUCGAAUCCAUAGCCCCGUCUCAGUGUUCAAAUUUCUCAACUCCAAAUAUUAUAAAACUAUUUUUUCACACUCCACUGCCGUCUUUCGUCUCCGCCUCUUCCCUCCUCUCUCUCUCUCUACAAGUAUAUGUAUGUAUAUCGAUCAGAGCUUCUUUUGUUUUUCUCUUUUUGUGUGAUGUGAUUAAUUUCUCUCUCUGCUGCUACUGUUGUAUCUAUAAGCGCAAUCUCUCUCUUUGGAAUGUGCUUUGUCAGUCAGGUGUUGUUUCUCCGCCGUAGAUGUAUGUAUCGAAUCAGAUGUUUUCUCUCUCUCUAGAAUGUGGGUAAGAUAUACGGAUGAUUGUUUGGAAUGCAGGUGUUUAGAGUGAGCGAGCUAAGAUAAGACAGCUGCAAAGGCGACGGUUUUCGAGAAAAUGGAGAGAGCGAGACGAAGGAAGUUGAAAAGUGCUGCAGGCUUUGAAGGAGUUGGUCAGAGUCAGAAACAUAAAGCUGUUACUAGAUUAUCUUCGGAUUCUUGUUCUUACAAUAUUGAUGAAGACACUAGGGACAAUAUGUUCACGCUGGAGUUGGGGCAGAACUCCUUGGGGCAAGCCACCGGAAAGUCGAGGGCGAAGUUACUGGCAGAUGAAAUUUACAAAAAGGUUAAAUCCAAGAGACGAUCUCCGAGUGUUUUUGCCAAAUUAUUUGGUCUUGAAGGGCUGCCAUCCCUUUGGCAUGUUCAUAGACAGCAGAAAAAGUUAUCAGAUACUUAUCCGCACAAAAAUGUCUCCACAUUCGUCCGACCAAAUAGACAACUGCAUGAUGGCCGAUCUAAUCGAAGAAGCUCAAUGCAGCGGCGAGAACUCAAUGAGGCGCAUGAGGAUCCGGAAGCAUCACAUUUUGUGGGACGACGUCGUUCGUCAAGAUGGAGCGCCAGCUCGAUGCUUACUAAAUCUGAGAUGGCGCUAAUUCAGAAGUUUAUCGAUGCAAGACGUCUUUCUGUUGAUGAAAGCACCGAGGGAAAGCUUUGGGACUCGAAAGAGCUAGAUGACUCCUUGGACAUAGUGAUGAAAUUUGACCAGCAACCAGAUACCUUUUCUGUGAAUCAUUUGCAUGAUCCACAGGUUAAUCCUAUCAGUUCUGUUGGUAGCCAUACAGCAGCUUUGAAGCCAUCAGCUUCUGCAAAGUAUGAUGGCAAUGCCAAAGCACGGACAUCAAAGAGAGAUGUUGCAGGUAAACAUAACAUUACUUCUCAUCCGAGACGUGAAGAUGAUCUGCUACUUGAACCAGACAAUCGUCGUCGAGCUCAUACUUCUUGCCAAUCAUCAAGCAUUCAGUUGGAAGAUAAGAAUGAGAGCAACACCCUUCCUACAAGGAUUUUUGUACUGAGGCCAAACAUUGGAAAUAUGCAGAAUGCUGGUGAGUCUGGUCCAUCAGCCGAUCAUUCACAUGGUUAUGCACCCAGCUAUAGGAAACCGAAGGAAUCUGCAGGUGUGGAAAAAGUAUCAUGGAGGAAGAAAGAUUCAUAUUAUGAUAUGGCAUUUUCGAGGCCUGUCUCUAGAGAAGCUAAAGAGAUAGCCAGGGAAAUUACAAGGCGAAUGAGAGGUGGUGAUGAGACUCUGGAUGCAAAAUCUUCUGGGUUCAGAGGAUAUGCCGGGGAUGAUAGUUUGUAUGAUGCUCGAGAGAGUGCUUUUGACAGUGAAUCGAAGAAGUUUAAAUUAUCAUCUAGGAAUUCCUUUGGCGAUACUAAUAAAUGGGGUAGUUACCAAUCUUCUAGUUCAGUUGAGUGGUCUGUCAAUAGGGAGGCAAAAAAGAGACUUUCAGAGAGGUGGAGGAUAACUCAAAGAUAUCAAGAUUUGGAAAUAGUUGAUGAUGGUAGCACCUUAGGUGAAAUGCUUGCCAUAGCUGAUGGCGAAACAAGGUCUAAACAUUUGAAUGCUAAAACGAGCCAUGGCAGAGCAAGUGCUCGACUUGGUAGCAUUAAUGAAGGUGCUAUGUGGGAUGCCCCUCUAGGCCUCAGCAGUAGAGAUGGUUGGAAAGAUGAAAUUCGUAGAACUUCAUUUAGAUCGAGAUCGGUUCCUCCUUCACUAGGUCGGAGAAGUCAGAGAGGAGACACAUACGAUGAAAUUUUGACUCAAGAGAAACAUCUGAUGCGUAGUGACCCCAUAGACCGUCAUAGAAGUAAAGUUGCUGAGGGAUAUCUAAGUCAUAAAUCUCAAGAUUCAAACUCCAGGAGCAAGAAGCCGCUUCCCUUUCAGCACAUAUAUAUUAAUGAGAUGGAUUCUUUCUUGGAAGCUAAUUUCGAGUUGCAGAUGGAGGCAAAUGUUAAGGACUUAUCUGAACAACAUCUAACGUUUCAGGUGGCUACAAAAGAUGACAGCAGCCGGAGUCGUGUAUCUGCUGAACAUGGGAGUGCAACCUUGUCUUCUAAAUCUUCUCUGUUGCAUCCAAACCAGUCUUCCACUAAAGAGAAUUACAAAGCUGCUGGUCAUGAUCAAGAGAUAUCCAAUCUCAAGCACAAGGUGGCUGAUCAUGCUGGUCCGGUCUCAAUCCCUGUUAUAGAAGAUACACCAUUUACCUCUGAAAGUUUUGAGAGAAUCAACGCCGAACUGAAAGAACUCCGAAUGCAACUACAGAUCCUCAAGAUGGAGUCUGGCCAACAUGCUGACGAACCCGCCCCUGUUACCGCUGAGGAAGACAUUGCAGAAGUAGAAAACUACUUAUUAGGUACUGAAGGCUGGGAAGUCUCUUAUAUUCUUGAUGUGCUGAUGCACUCUGGUAUUCAAGAUUCUGACCUUGAUAUGUUUGGGAUGAUGUGGUACUCCCCCGACUCUCCUUUGGAUCCCAUGUUGUUUGACGAGCUUGAGAAGAGAUACACUGACGAGAUAACUCGAUUGAGGUCCGAAAGAAGGCUGCUAUUUGACGGAAUAAACUCAGCACUUUUGGAGACUUUCCAGCAGCAUAUCGAUUCAUACUCGUGGGCGAUGCCAAAAUCGGGAAGACUGCACUCGACAUGGCAGAAGGAACAGGUCGUUGAUGCUCUCGAUAAGUUGAUGAACCAAGAACCUAUAAAGGGGCAGGUAACAUCAGGAGUAAUCUACAACAACAUGGAUUGGCCAGACUUGAGAGGAGAAAUUGACAUAAUAGGUAAUGACAUGGAGAAAUUAUUGAUAGAUGACAUGAUAACUGAGAUUUUAUGUUGCUAGUGAUAGUGUUAGUUUCUGGAUAAUUAGACUUAGACUGGUUGGGUUGACAGUUGAAAAGCUUUGAUUGCCAAAAAGGAGAAUUGGAAUGAACUUUAGACUUAAUCAGAAGUUACAAGUGAGCCAAUUUUUUUGU